AUGGCUGCCUCCUUCACCCGUCUGGCGGGCAGUGCGCCCAAGAAGCUCUGUCUUCGCCCCUCUACGUUCGCCAGAAACACUGCGGUUCCCAGAUCCCGUUCGAUAUCGACGACCCUUCCCCGUCGGUACGCGGAGCCUACCAGCUAUCAGGCUACCAGACUCAUUCCGACCGAUCCGACCUUCUCACAUCUGGUCAACAAGGGUACCGCAGAGUCCGAGGUUGCAUCGAAUCUUGAGUCGCAGGCGGAAGGGGUCGACCGCAAGAUCCGCCACUACACUGUCAACUUCGGUCCUCAGCAUCCUGCCGCUCACGGUGUGCUUCGAUUGAUCCUGGAACUCAAUGGCGAAGAAAUUGUCCGCUCAGAUCCCCAUGUCGGUCUGCUCCACCGUGGUACCGAGAAGUUGAUCGAGUACAAGACCUAUAUGCAGGCUCUGCCCUACUUCGAUCGACUUGACUAUGUCUCCAUGAUGACGAAUGAGCAGUGCUUCUCGCUGGCUGUUGAGAAGCUGCUCAACAUCGAAAUUCCUGAGAGAGCCAAAUGGAUCCGAACCCUGUUCGGAGAGAUGACCCGAAUUCUGAACCACCUCAUGUCGGUUCUUUCCCACGCCAUGGACGUUGGUGCUUUGACACCUUUCCUGUGGGGUUUCGAGGAGCGUGAGAAGCUCAUGGAGUUCUACGAGCGUGUCUCCGGUGCCCGUCUACACGCUGCAUAUGUCCGCCCUGGUGGUGUAUCGCAGGACCUUCCUCUCGGCCUUCUUGAUGAUAUCUACCAGUGGGCCACCCAGUUCGGCGACCGCAUUGACGAGACCGAGGAGCUGCUCACAGAUAACCGUAUCUGGAAGGCCAGAACUCAGGGUGUUGGUGUUGUCAGCGCAGCUGACGCCCUCAACAUGAGUUUCACCGGUGUCAUGCUCCGUGGUUCUGGUGUCCCCUGGGAUAUCCGCAAGUCACAGCCCUACGAUGCCUACGACCAGGUUGAGUUCGACGUUCCCGUUGGUGUCAACGGUGACUGCUACGACCGUUACCUUUGCCGUAUGGAGGAGUUCCGCCAGUCCUUGCGCAUCAUUCACCAGUGCUUGAACAAGAUGCCCGCUGGUCCCGUCCGUGUCGAAGACUACAAGAUCUCCCCUCCUCCCCGUGCCGCCAUGAAGGAGAACAUGGAGGCUCUGAUCCACCACUUCCUUCUCUUCACCAAGGGAUACUCUGUCCCUCCUGGUGAGACCUACUCCGCCAUUGAGGCCCCCAAGGGUGAAAUGGGUGUCUUCCUUGUCAGUGACGGCAGCGAGAGACCCUACCGUUGCAAGAUUCGUGCUCCCGGCUUUGCUCAUUUGGGUGGAUUCGACCAGAUCUCUCGUGGUCACCUUCUGGCAGAUGCUGUCGCUAUCAUCGGUACAAUGGAUCUUGUGUUCGGUGAAGUCGACCGGUAG